UGUCCAGUGGACACCUCAGUCACUGACAAUCAUGAUGUUAUGAUACCUUAUAAUGUUAUAGUGGUCGAGGGCAAGAACCUCCCUGCCAUGGACCCAAAUGGCAAAUCGGAUCCAUUCUUUGUAAUUCAAUUCGCAGGUGAGAAGGUGUACAAGAGUGAGGUCAUCAAGAAGACCUUGAAUCCAAGAUGGGACGAAUCACACAACCUCGUCAUCCGUGCAUCACAGUCUGCCUACACCAUCAAGUUUGACAUCUGGGACUGGGACAAGAUCACUUCCAACGACUAUAUUGGAGAGAUUGAACUUGAUGUACCAGCAUUGUCAAGGGGAACAUUGGAUAAGUGGUACCCUGUAAAGAAGAAGGAGAAGACAGAUCGUGGUGAGAUACACUUGGUAUCAAACUUUAUCACAAAGAAGGAGGUAUACUCUGCAUUCUGGACAAGUGUCUGCAGACACUUCUCCAACAACGAAGCCGAGGAUGUACUGUCACUGCCAGACUACACUGCACUCAUCACCUCUGUCAACUCUGACUUCCCAAUGUCAGAGAUUGAGACAAUGUUUGAGAAGGCUGAUCUCAAUGGAGAUGGAAAUAUCUCUGUAUCAGAGUUGGAGCAAUUCUUUAGUGAGACUGAGGAGGGAGAGAAGAUUGUAGAGAGAUUGUUGGAUGGCAAUCCAGACUUGAUUUGGGAGACAUAUGCAAUCUCAGAUUCAUACUCAACUAUUGCAGAUAAUAUCUUCUCAAAGAGUCAUCACUCUUCAUUGAAGACUGUGGACAAUCGCAAGAUGAAGGUGAUCAAUGUUCAUAAUAGAGAGACUGGCAAGUUGGAGGAGGAGAAGAUACCUCAUUACAUUGAGGUAGCAAUGCGUGUGAUGUACUCUACAAAGUCUGGCAGAAGUGCCUGCAACAACACACAGGUGAGACGUCUGCUCAAGUUCCUCACCAACAAGACUGGCAAGAAGUAUGCUGCCGCUGACAGUGUCAAGGACAUCCCACCAUUCAUCAAGUUCCACAACCUCAACAUCGAUGAGAUCCUGGAACCACUGACCUCCUUCAAGAACUUCAACGAGUUCUUCUAUCGUCGUCUAAAAUUAUCCGCCAGACCAAUAUACGAGGUUGGUAACCCAUCCAUCGCAGUCUCGCCAGCUGAUGCACGUCUACAUGUAUUCGAAACACUUGACAAGGCAAAGGAGUUGUGGAUCAAGGGCAAGAACUUUACUUUGGCAUCUUUGUUGCAGGAUGAAGCUUUGGCCUCACAGUAUGAGGGCGGUUCGAUUGUUAUUGCAAGACUAGCGCCACAGGACUACCAUAGAUUCCAUGUACCUGUGGAUGGAGUGAUUGGCACCACCAAACACAUUGAUGGCGAGUACUUCACCGUCAACCCAGUGGCCAUCAACCAAGACAUUGACGUCUACACUGAGAACAAACGAAGUGUCACCAUCAUCCACUCCAAGUGCUUUGACAACGUCAUCUUUGUCAGUGUCGGUGCCACCAUGGUUGGCUCCAUCAACCUGCUCACCACCGAAGGACAGCAUGUCCAAAAGGGCGAUGAACAAGGAUACUUUGCAUUUGGAGGAUCGACCAUUUUGUUGUUGUUCAAGAAGGGCACUAUUGCCUAUGAUCAGGACAUUGUUGUCAACAGUGCCAAGCCAAUUGAGACAUUGGUUAAGGUUGGCACUUCAUUGGGUCGUGCUAUGACC